AUGAACGGUGACUUUGACCACACGUCUCCUCCAGUGUUUACGGUGGAUUCUGGUGGAGGUUUUCCUAAACAGCAUCAGUAUUACCACGAGCAGGUGCAUGGACGGAGAGAUCCAGUUCUGGUACCCUGCUGGACAUUUCCCCCAGCCCGAGCUGAGGAGAAGAGAAGGGGCUGUGGGGGAAUGAAUGUCGGGAUCACAUGGAUACUGGCUUCGAUACUCCUGUUGGUUUUUGCAGCCCUUGGACUGGGAGCCUACCAGAUACUGAGGUUGCGGGCUGAAUUUGAAAGGCUGACACAGGAAAUUCCCACACAAAUUCAGAGCUUUGCUCCGCAGAGACAAGUUGGCCUAAAACCAGCAGAGUUGGACAAGACCAAACAAAAGGCAGCUGCACACCUAAUAGGCCAUGCAGACCAGAGCAAAUCAUCUAGAACUCUGAAAUGGGAAGUGAAAUAUGGUGAGGCCUUCAUAGAUGCCGUCAAGUACAGCAACGGUGACCUUCAAGUCAAUGAUACUGGCCUUUACUUUAUUUAUUCCCAUGUGGAGUUUAUCGCAAGCACUUGCAAUCCCACAGACUCUCUUAUUCACACUGUCUUUGUUAAGAGAAAUGGCAAUGAGAGGACAAUCAUGGAAGAUCAUCGAGGUGGCUUCUGUUUGGCAUGGAGCAAGCAGCCGUGGACUGUAAGCAGUCAUCUUGGCUCUCUUCAACGUCUCAAGCAGUUCGACUGGCUGUUUGUCAAUGUGUCACACCCCCAUUUGCUCAACACCAACUAUCAUCAGAAUUAUUUUGGCCUCUUCAAGAUCCACUGAUCAUGUAGGUCCUGAAGGUGAAGA